AUGCCCAUUGCAUUCGUCUCCGUCGCCAUUCAGCGCGCUACAGAAGACCUCCCACUCCCCUCUUUGUACAAAUGUCCCGUCUCUCCUGACAAAGAAACACCCGCUCCUCUUGUCACUAUCCUAACACUGGGAGUCUCCCCUUCUUAUCAGUGUCAGGGUAUCGUGCGCGCCCUCGUCCGCUUGGUUACCUCCCGUCUCUGCUCAUCCUCAGCUCACUCCUCGCCCCCCAACGUCUUUCCCCGCUCAAUCCCCGCAGCAACCGUCAUAGUUGCGCAGGUUGCAACAAGUAAUACGGCAGGACAGGAAUUUUACCAUCGCCUCGGUUUACAGACUGAGCAAGAGCUACGAGGCGUGUACAAGACUCUUGGGUCAGGGCAGAAAGAUGCAUACCUCAUUGUCGGACAAAUCACUGUCUGA